CGCCCGUAGAUCAUUUGUCCAUACCCCUCGUUUCUAGACAAUCUGUGAGUGUGUGAUUCCUUCCUUCCUUUGUAGCUAUGGCCACUACUGCUGUGCCCGCGAUGGUGAUAGCUUCGACUGUCGUUCCUUCCACCUCAAUGAGAUCGUCUUUCUCUGGAGCAGCUGUGCAGGGACUGCCUGCCUUGAAGAUGAACCUCGCCGCCCGCCCCUUGACUGUCACCGCCAGCACUAAGAAGAUCAAGGUUGCGCAGCCAUUGGGUCCUUCUGGAGACUUCAAGAGCAAGAAGGGUGUUGAUGCCGGUGGCCGAGUGCUUAAGGGCAAGGGUGUGUACCAAUUCGUCGACAAGUACGGUGCCAACGUCGAUGGAUACAGUCCUAUCUACGCUAAGGAGGAGUGGAGCAAGAGUGGUGACUCCUACGCCGGAGGAACUCCCGCUCUUGCCAUCUGGGCUCUUCUUUUGGGUGGACUUUUGGUUGGCGGUGCUCUUCUCGUAUACAACACCUCUGCACUGAGCGGCUAGACUUGUAUACUCUCCGUCUCGCAAAUGUACAUUACUAAAUAUUACUAAUUUGAGUGAGCAUUGCUCCGCCAUGAAAGAACUUGUGCAUUAUUUAUGAAGUUGACGUUUGGUUCUGGUUGAUUAC